CACGGUUUGCGCCAGCGAACACACCCCUACAACAGCAGCCUGCUAUCCAUCGUGCUCCCAAAGUUUAUUUCAACAACGAUUCGCCCAAGAUGACCACUCGACCGAACGAGUACCAGCGUGUUGCGUCGCACGGGCGAGGAGGUGCUGGCAACAUCGCAAAGGACGACCCUACCAAUUACCCCAAGCCAGAAGACCUCGUCACCCCAACCCUCAAGUCCAAUACCUACACCACAGGUCGAGGUGGAACUGGAAACAUGGCGCGCAACGAUCCCGAGCGUCCUGAACUUGCGCGCGCUGCUCAAGACGUUGAAAGCAAGCCGCACCCAGAGCCACAAGGCCCCAAACACUACGGUCGUGGAGGUGCCGCCAACAUCAUCGGUGAUGGACAACCUGCGCAACGAAAGAGCGCCGAAGCUAAGCGCAAGAGCGAGGACGAGAAGCGCGAGGACAACGGCAAGGGCCUGCUCGGCAAGGGCAAGGAUUUGUUGAAUAAGUUGGGCAAGAAAUAAGUCUGACCUGUCCAACGGUCAACAUCAUGCUACAGUAUAGCCAUGCAUGAUGCGCUGCCUGCCUGGAGUGGUCGAUGAGGCUUUCGGUUUCUCUUUUACGGUUCAUGAU